AUGGAGGCGCUGCUGUCGCUCUAUCGGCGGACGGUUGCUGCCGACAUCGAGGAUACUCUGCAGCCUGCGAACGCGCAUACGCUACAGCGUAUGCUGUACGAGAGCAGUGAUGUGUUCGGAGAACUCAGCAAGUAUGACAAUUUUCACCAGGCCUUUGGCGUGCCGCCGAAUCCGUGCGAAAGCGUAUGCUUUAUACGAUUCUGGCGAGGGGUAGAAGACGUGGUCACUGGGCCGGAGCCGGUGAUAACUGGAUCGCGCAGACUAGACUUGCAAAAAGCUCUGUUCGCGGAUGAUGCGCUGCUUAGGAGCGUUCGUCAUUUUCGCGACGAGCUGCUUAAGCAGACCUCUCGAAUGUCUCUCACCGCUUUUCUUUCGGUGAUCGACUGUUGCAACAAGAGCAGCGACCUGCCGGAAUUUUGGUUGCGGGUUCGCGAAAAUUCUCAUCGCACAUUUUCCAAGGGCGACAUUGAGGUCACCCACGUCUCCGAUAUGAUUUUUGGCCACCUGUGCCAACGUUUCAGCUACCGUCCGCAGGUAACCAGCAACCUCUGCACGAUAUCUACGUGCACCGCUUUUGAGAGCGACGAGGAUUCAGACCCCGUGGACUCCUCCCGAUCUUUCAUGAGCAGCGUUGCGUCGUGUCGCAGCGCCGUCUCGUCAGAGGAACGUUAUCGCCAAUUACUUGAGAACCUGGACGUUUGCCUUCCCGAGAUCUACAACCGCUUCUGCGAGCGCAUCGACGAGUUGACGACGCAGCGGGAGCAACUGGAAGCCGAGUGCGAAAGCAGGGAGAAGCAGCUUGACGAGCUGCGCAGCGAGUUGGCUGCGGGCAGAAUCGAGUUGCAAUCGCGGUGUGACCAGCUGGUGGAAAGCAACUCAAUGCUGCAGCGUCAGACGGAAUCCCAGGAGAUCGAAUUAGACAGCUACCGGAUCCAGGUGAUGAACCUCAAGAGGCGUCUAGACUCAUGUGACUCCGCGAGGCUGGAGGACGAGAUCCAGACCGUCAGGAGCCAGUGCGCGAGCCUUGAGAAGAUGAAUGUCGAUUUACGACGUUCGCUGGAAGAGGCUGAAGCGCGCCGCAGCUUGGCAUCUUCCAACCAUACCGACCGCACUGAUGUGUGCGUCGGUGACGACAUCGAAUACGUUGAGCCCACCACCUCAAGUGUAUUGCCUGAGGAUGCUUGGCAUGCCUCCGACGAACGUGCAACUAUGCUGAGCGAGAUUCAACGAUUCCGCGCUGAGAAUGCAGAGCUUUCAAAGGCGUUUGAGGACAUGGUGAAACGGGAGAAGGAUCUAUCGCGUGACCUGGCGGCCGCUUUGCGAGAUAACGAGGUGGCGGCCGAAAGGCUGAAGUGUUCAGUGCCAGCAGACAGCCACGCUGCUGGGCAGCAGGCGUUGCAGUCAAAGAUACUGUCACUUGAGACAGAGGUGAGCUCACUGCGUGAGCUUGUGGAAUCCCUCCGCUCUGAGGGGGAAGUUGCGGAAUCUGAGCGUAGCGAGCUGCUAUGCGCCAAGUCGGACUUGGAACGGGAAAUAGCGGCGUCGAGGAAGGCCACCGAGGUGGCUGAAACUGCGUUGAAGCUGCUGCGCCAGAAAUGCAGCCAGAUGGAAGCCGAAGUGGCUGGCACACGUGAUCUCGAGAGGCAGCUGUAUGAAUAUCGCACCUGCAACUCUGAGCUGCAGGCAAAAAUUGACGAGUUAACCACCGAGAACUUAAGUCUGGCGGCCCGCAUAGAGGAUCUGAAUGCCCCUCCAACCCGCCUAAGCGGCAUAACUGGGACAAUCGAGGACCAGGUGGAUGAUACAUGUUUCUCGGUUACGCCUCGUGCGGUUACCACCGCCGGCGACGAGCAGGAGAACGGUGAGAUGGGAGGGCAGUACAUCGGCAUGAUCAAGCUAAACCCCGCUUUGGCGGAGACGCGCCGCCUGAACACCUUGAACGCUAUGAAGUAUGGGCAGUUGAGCGCAGGCGACUCCGACAUGCCUCUGUCGUCGGUGCUGGGCAAAGAGGAUUACGGCCCGCUGGUGUACCGCCGCACGUUCGGCUUCGAGCGCUCGAUGACGGUAUUGUCUGACGACACGGGCAUCGCGCUGCUGCGCGACCCCAGCGACCCGGGUGUGAACGACAGCGACAUCACUCCGCUCACGGACACCAAGACGUUUGACGUCCUGCAGAGCGCCGCCUCGUAUUUAUCGGAGACCUUCAACUUAGGUCUAAAAACUGGCGGGAAGGCCUAG